AUGUGGAAGCCACAGAAGUUUAAAGCUAUAUACCUGAUGGCCACACUUUAUGUGAUGACACUGACACUCCCAUCGGCGGUAGCCGUUUAUUGGGCGUUCGGAGACACGCUUCUCGAUCACUCAAAUGCUUUCUCGCUUCUCCCGAGAAAUCCCUUCAGAGACAUGGCCGUCAUUUUAAUGCUCAUCCACCAGUAUGUUCAUGUUUGUGAUGUGUUGCAGUUUAUAACGUUUGGAUUUGCAUGCACUCCACUGUACUUUGUAUGGGAGAAAACAAUUGGGAUGCAUGAGUGCAAGAGCUUAUGCAAGAGAGCGGCAGCGAGGUUGCCGGUGGUGAUUCCUUUUUGGUUUUUGGCCAUCAUUUUCCCGUUCUUCGGACCAAUUAACUCCACUGUCGGAUCCCUCCUUGUUAGCUUCACUGUCUACAUCAUCCCUGCACUUGCCCACAUUUUAACCUUUAGAUCAGCCACUGCCCGCGAGAAUGCGGUGGACCAACCGCCUAAGUACUUCGGAAGAUGGGUGGGGACGUUCACGAUAAACGUUUUCAUCGUGGUGUGGGUCCUGAUUGUCGGGUUCGGAUUCGGUGGGUGGGCAAGCAUGAUCAAUUUCGUAGACCAGAUCGACACAUUUGGACUGUUCACGAAGUGUUAUCAAUGUCCAGCACCAGCAGUGGCAGCUUCUUCACCACCAUCGUCUCAAGGCCUCAAGGCCACCGCGGCUGCUCCUCUACACCACCACCCAUUCAACCACACUCGUCACCCCUGAUUUACGCCACAGCCGGAUCGAAUAUGUCGUUUGUCACGGUUGCACGCUUUGGUUAAUCUUUGUUACUUUAGGAGUGACAGAGAAGACU